AUGGGUGUGGUGGUGUGGCCCAGCCCACAGCGGGCAUGGCCACUGAACCCGCCACUGAUACACUGCGACCGCCAGCCGCAGCAUAAUAUCAUCUACUUAGAGAAUCCAAGUGUAUCAUUGACUACGGAGUGGUUUGGGCAUAAGAUCCUUUCGCCUAUGGCGCGUCUGAUCAAUGGUGCAUACCGUGCUUGGCUGCUUGAGCGGAUGCAUGCUGGUGUCUACGACUUCAAACCUUGA